AGCCUUUCCCUCCCCGAGGUCACAACGAAUGAGCAAAACGCAGAGGCGUAAGAAGGGAUUUGUUGUUCAUGUACUGUAGUCUCCCGUAGUUCAGCUCGGGGAGGUUAUAGGUGGUGGCCCGACAUAACAGGAGUCUCUGGUUACACGGUUACGUUAAGAUUUAACGUAGUUGCGUCUACUCUCACCACGGGAAAAAAAUGUAGUAGCUCCUCGUGCUUUAGGCCUACAGUGAAAACCGGAGACCUCGAGAGCAAGUCUUUUUUUGGAACUGUCCGCGCCUGGGAAGAAAUCAAAACAACAAUGCAGAGUUGCACCAAUAUAUCAGAUACAGCCAAGGAAUUAUGUGACGCGGUGUCAGUAUCUUUAGGUUUGAGUUCGCAGUUAAACGAGAUAGUGGAUAAUGGACGGAGCGGCCCUGCCUUCUCUGCAGACUGCGGCCCAAAUCAUGGAAACCAUUUUUCAGUCUCCGAGGAGUCUUCUCCAGAGUUUGGAGCUGGCGCAAGUAUGACCUCAGAGUUAACCACCCAGAUGCAGAGGAAAACGAGAAUUAAAUCAAAUGAUCUCGGGCCAUCGUUCGAAGUACAUCAAGACAUUUGUGGACAAAAUUAUGUCGGUUUUUUACAGACCCUCGAGCGCGAAAGGGACAGCGCAUGGAAGGUGACGAGGCCUAUGCACGAGUUGGAAAUGGCCCGAGGUCUCCGUAAAAACUCGGACAUGUUCGUGAAUUUGGAUAACGCUAUUGCGCUCUCGGUGCCCUCUCAGUUUGACGAACUGUUACCUUUAAGUUCUCCAUUCCGUAAAGACGCCCCAAACCAGUUAUUUGGUAGGGAAUUUACGGAUCAAUCGACCGUCAAUGGCCUCAUCAAAAGCAGCCUUAACAAAACCGAACCAGGACACGAGGGACCCUGCCCGGUGGCGGGUGGAUCUUGGUUCUGUAAAUAUUUGGACAACGGAAAUUGCAUGUCUUGUGGAGCACGUAAAGCCUGUCCUCCUGGGGUUAACUAUCAGGACUAUGACUCUGGGAUUCCACAAGAGUGUCAUGUCCAGGAGCAAAGUUACCAAAGUGUGAUGCAUGAAAGCGGUCUUCAACAAGUGUAUCACUCCGCUAUCAAGAAGGAGAGUUCUGGAUGGAUGAGUGCUGACUCCGGGCUGAGAUGUGAGGAUAUGUUGCCAGUGUACUUCUCUGACCGGAGGGUGUGUAAGGUAUGUGGAGACGAGGCAUCAGGCUGUCACUAUGGAGCUGUUACCUGUGGGAGCUGCAAGGUGUUCUUCAAGAGGGCUGCAGAGGGUAAGCAGAAUCACCUGUGCGCCAGCCGUAACGACUGCACCAUCGACAAGCUGAGGAGGAAGAACUGUCCUUCCUGUCGUCUCAGCAGAUGCUUCCGGUCUGGAAUGAGCCUCAAAGGCCGCAAGCUGAGGGGAGCUGGCCCGCUGAAAGGAGGAGUGGAGGGGGGAACACAGGCACCCGCCAAAGAGAGGACUGGAGAGAGGGGAGGAGAGAGACCUGGAGAGAGGGGAGGAGAGAGGCCUGGAGAGAGGACUGGAGAGAGGCCUGGAGAGAGGACUGGAGAGAGGCCUGGAGAGAGGACUGGAGAGAGGGGAGGAGAGAGGCCUGGAGAGAGGACUGGAGAGAGGACUGGGGGAUUACAGUUAUCCACCGUUUCCCCACAGGCUAAAUGCUGUGCUGCGUCACAGGCUCCCGCUCUUGGCCCCUCCCCCAGUCUACGCCCCUCCCUCCUCAACAUUCUGAGUUCCAUUGAGCCAGGAAUGGUCAACGCAGGCCAUGACACCUCCCAGCCAGACUGUUUCGCCUCCCUACUGUCCAGCCUCAACGAGCUGGGAGAGAGACAACUGGUGUCUGUGGUGAACUGGGCUAAAGCCAUGCCAGGUUUCAGACAGCUGCAUGUAGAAGACCAGAUGUCAGUGAUCCAGUCUUCAUGGCUGGGGUUGAUGGUGUUCGCUCUGGGCUGGAGGUCUUACACCAACACCGAUGCUAGAGAGCUCUACUUCGCUCCUGACCUCAUCUUUAACGAUCAGAGGAUGCGUGUGUCCAGUAUGUACGAACACUGUGUCCAGUUCCGUCUGCUGUCCCAGAGGUUCUGUAUGCUCAGAGUCACCCAGGAAGAGUUCCUCUGUAUGAAGGCUCUGCUCCUCUUCAGCAUCAUCCCUGUGGAGGGUCUGAGGAAUCAGAAGUGUUUUGACGAGCUGAGGAUCUCUUACAUCAAGGAGCUGGUUUGUCUGGCCAGCCAACACGGAGAAAAACACCAUACACAACGCCUGUUCCAGCUAACACAGCUACUGGACUUCCUACACCCGAUUGUGAGGAAGCUGCACCAGUUCACCUAUGAUCUGUUUAUCCAGGCCCAGUCUCUGCCCACCAGAGUCAGCUAUCCAGAGAUGAUCUCUGAGAUCGUCAGCGUUCACGUGCCCAAGAUACUCACAGGCAUAGUUCAGCCAAUCCUCUUUCACAAUGCACCUUGCUAGAGGGUCAUCCCAUCACAAUGCACCUUGCUAGAGGGUCAUCCCAUCACAAUGCACCUUGUUAGAGGGUCAUCUUAUCACAAUGCACCUUGUUAGAGGGUCAUCCUAUCACAAUGCACCUUGUUAGAGGGUCAUCCUAUCACAAUGCACCUUGUUAGAGGGUCAUCCUAUCACAAAAAACCCUGCAAGUGGUUCAACCUAUCACAAAACUUCCUGCUAGAGGUUCAACCCAGGGCAGGCCCUAGGCACAAGGUACUUUUUUUUUGGGGGGGGGG